AAGCUUGGUGCAGCCAGUGUGUGGUGCUGCGGGAUCAGAGAGGUGUCUGCGUUCAGGACACAGAAACCGGCUGAAGCGCAGGAAAAGCCGCAAAGAGAUGAUAAUUCAGGUUUUUUUUAUUAUUAUUUUAAAACGAGUCUUCAGCAAUAGGAGAUGCCGCAUUUAAUUAAAUUUUUUGAUUCUUGAUAUAUCGGCGUUUUCUUUCUUUCUUUUUUUUCCCUGGGACACGUCCAAUCAAAGCGCAUUCAUUGUGUUGUUUCAUUGUAGCAGCUUUUUAUGCUGGUGGCUUCCAUUAUCAUCGUUUUUAAAUGGUUUUUAAACGCUUUUCUGGACACGAAGGUCUUCUGUAAUUUAUUUAUUUUAUUUAUUUUUGGGGGGAAUAGCCGCAUGAAUUCUCUCACCGGAUCCUCAUCGGUGUUUGCUGCUGCUUCUGUCCUCCUCCUCUUCCUCCUCCUCCUCCUCCUCCUCCUCACAGAGGGCACUACCCUCCUCCCUGCCACUAAAGACAUUUUGAUCGUCCUCCCCGGUUCCCCCCACCCGGACAUCACCAGCAGCACCCCCUCCUCCUCCUCCUCCUCUUCCUCCUCUGUAACAUGUCGGGACAGUCUUUGACGGACCGGAUCGCCGCCGCGCAGCACAGCAUGACCGGUUCUGCCAUCAGCAAAGCCGUGUGCAAGGCCACGACGCACGAAGUCAGCGGACCCAAGAAGAAGCACCUCGACUACCUGAUCCACUGCACCAAUGAGCUGAACGUCAGCAUUCCCCAUCUGGCAGACACGCUGCUGGAGCGCACGGCGAGCAACAGCUGGAUUGUGGUUUUCAAAGCGCUCAUCACCACACACCACCUCAUGAUGUACGGCAAUGAGAGAUUGAUGCAGUACCUCGCCUCCAGAAACACGCUUUUCAACCUCAACAACUUUCUAGAUAAGGCUGCACUACAAGGAUAUAACAUGUCAACCUUCAUCAGACGCUACAGCCGAUACCUGAAUGAAAAAGCCAUGUCCUUUAGAUUAGCAGCAGUGGACUUCACCAAGAUGAAGAGAGGGGCUGAUGGCGUGAUGCGCACCAUGAACACAGAGAAGCUGAUCAAAACUCUGCCCAUCAUUCAGAACCAGCUCGACGCACUGCUUGAUUUUCAGCCGAACUCCAACGAGCUGACCAACGGGGUGAUAAACACGGCGUUCAUGCUGCUGUUUAAAGACUCCAUACGGUUGUUUGCUGCUUACAACGAAGGCGUCAUCAACAUGUUGGAGAAAUACUUUGACAUGAAGAAGAAUCAGUGCAAAGAAGCACUGGAGAUCUACAAGAACUUCCUCCACAGGAUGACAAAACUGUCCGAGUUUCUGAAAGUGGCAGAGUCAACAUUACGAGUUGGGAUAGAUCAGGGCGACAGCCCCGAUCUCACACAGGCACCCAACACCCUCCUGGAGGCUCUGGAGCAGCAUCUAGCUUCUCUGGAGGGCAGGAAGCUCAAGGAUCUGUCUACUGCCAGCAGAUCCAGUACCUUGUCCAGUGCAGUGUCAUCCCUCUCCAGUGGGGGGAUCUCUCUCAGCCGUAUGGAUGACAAGACCGAGGACAACCGACUGCAGCAACACAAGGAGGAGAGUCAUAAAGUGAUUGACAUUCAGACGCCCACUGUCUCGCCCAGCACCCAGUCAGUGGGAAGUGCCAACAGUAGUGUAGGAGCCGCAGAUCUCUUCUCCAACUUACCUAGCAUACCCAUCAGCAACCAUGUGCCAAACCUGACCAGUGAGCUGUUUACCCUGCAGCCCACCUUCACCCCCAUCCAGACCACACACACUGUGCACAACAAUAACAAUGCCUGGGGAGGUGACCUGCUAAAGCCAUCUCCACCUACUCACAUUCACAGUCCAGGAGCUCCUUUGCACUCUGGGAAAAUGCUGCCCAAUGAUUUGGACUCUUCAUUAGCUAAUCUGGUUGGCAACCUGCAGUUUGGAGGUAUUCCAGCUAAAAAGCCGGAGCUUCAGUGGACCCAUCUGGUAGAGAAGAAGCCAACAGGAGGAAGCGGUUGGCAGUCGAAAACCAUGUGUACCAACACCAACUGGACUCACACAACCCAUCCCAUGGCACCUGCACCAAUGCCCGUCCCUCAGAUGAAUGGGAUGAUCUAUACUGGAUAUGCUCCAGCACCAGUGGCUUUUCCAAUGACGACACCCCAAGUGCCUGUGUAUGGAAUGCUCCCUCCUCAGAUGAGUCAUCAGAUGGGGGGUGUUCCCAUGAUUCCCCCACAGCCUGUCAUGUACAACCAGCCUGUCCUGAGACCCACCAGUUCAUUUGGACCCAUACCGGGUACACAGAUGCACUUCAUGUAGAGAUGAUGAUGUAACCAUAGCRGCAAAGCUGAAGGGGAAGAGGCAAG